AAGUCCGCUCAAGAUUGGAGAAAUAACGAGCCCCAAUGCAUAUCUGGAGAAUAUAUUGUUCCACAAAGGCUGGAAGCUGCCCUGAGGAGAAAUUGGGACACUCAAUAUGCCGUCGAGAUGCGCUCAAACGAGUAUCGGAUUCGGGCACCCGGAAAGCUGAGUGAAGACGAAAUUCGCACAUUUUACGCCCCGAUAUAU